GGUACUCUGGUCCAGUGUGAUCCUUCCAUCAAAGCCAUCAUCAGUAAAAUCAAUGAGGAGCACGGCGGCAUCUAUAUCUCUGAGGACAUCGACGAUGAGACCUGCUUGAUCAACACCAAGAACUUGAAAGAGCUGCAGCAAAAGCUCAAAGAUGCCCUGAAGGACACUGUUCGCGAGGCCGAGGACUCGAGCUCCGAGUAG